UCCUAUUUUGACGUCACAAACCCUCCCCCUCCCCGCCGGACGCGGCGGCAGCAAAAUGGCGGCGGCUGUAGCCCUAGCGGGGCUGAGGAGGCGGCCGGGUAGCGUGUGGGGCGCGGGGGCCCGGCGGCUGCUGCAGGUGACUCCCCGGCAGAAUCAGUCCCGGGACAAACCUGAGACCCACCACCCCCAUUAUCCCGGGAUUGUGGAAUCCACUGAAGAAUAUAAAUUUGUGGAGAGACUCAUUCCACCCACCAGAAUUCCUGCUCCCCCCAAACACGCCCAGUACCCCACCCCGUCUGGCUGGAGAGCGCCAUCAGAUACUCCACCUGCCCUUCCUUACUUUGUGAGACGUUCCCGCAUGCACAAUGUUCCAGUCUAUAAGGACAUCACCAGUGGCAACAGGAGGAUGACUGUCAUCAGGAAAAUUGAAGGAGAUAUCUGGGCCCUGGAAGAGGAAGUUAAGGAGUUCCUCACUCAGCUCGCUGGGAAACCACCACCUAUUCAAGUCAACGAAAUCACCUGCAGCAUCUGUAUCAAGGGCUAUUUUGACAAUGAACUGAAAGAGUGGUUGUUGAACAAGGGGUUUUAAAUAAACCAACU